AUGGACGGAUCUGCCCAUCUCUUCGCAGGAAUGAACAGUCAGCUAUACGUAGCAGCUGAAGAGGGAAAUGUGCUUAAACUUAAUAAGAUCCUUGAGGCAAAACUCAAUAUUUUCCAAGACCUUUCAUGGGUAUCACGGAUUGUUGGAAAACCUCCUUUACCUAGCCGCAAAGGGUAUGUAGAGGACGACAAUUAUUUGAGGCUUCAAAAUCGUGAAGGAAACAUUGCUCUUCACGAAGCCGCAAAGGGUGGAAAUUAUAAGGUCGUGGAGGUACUACUCAAGCAUAGCCAUGAUCAUAAUUUGACCAGCGUAUCAAACCGUGAGGGUGAGAUAGCUGUGUUUAUAGCUUCCCAGAGAGGCCACACAGACAUCGUUAAGAGAUUGUUGCCUUUCAUGGAUUUCAACAGAUAUAUGAAGAGACACGGUGGCCAAACAGCACUUGAUUAUGUGAUUAUUUCAAACUUAAACAAGAAAAAAAAAAUGCUAUUACUGUCUAUCUGA